AUGCGACGCCUGGCUGUGGGAUGCACCACUGAUGCACACCAGCUCUAUCCCACUUUCAUGGCUCGCAUAUCAGCAUGUAUUUUUGAGUGGGAUGCUGCUGAUGUCAACAAGUUGAGAGAGGCAAAAAGAGCACAGCUAAAAGAGCAAGGCCUGAUGGCUCUGACGGAGAAGCACCUAGAUCGGCACAUAAAAAAAGAAGAGUUAGAGCUGCACUGCAGGAGGAGGACUCGUGGAGAAGACCAAACCAUCCGGCUGUUGGAUCAGCUCAUCAGUGAGCUCAUCAGUGACAAGGGUAAGGAUGCCCUUGGUGUUCCUCUUCUGGACCCCAUCAGAAUGCAGCACAUCUGGCGUGUUCAGAAGAGACAUGUUAAGUGCAUUCAGGACCCACCUGGUGUGGCGCUGUACACACAGACUGGCACCAUCACCAAGGGAGGAGUGCAACUGCAGACACUGCGCUGUGCCAGAGGUUCUACAUCUUUGGAGUCAUUCCACUGUCACUUAAACCGGUUCAUUCCAGGAAACAGUGCAAACUCGCUCAACUUCCAGAUCUACCUACUAGAUGGGCUACAUCGCUGGAACCACAACAGGGCAGCAGCUGCUCUGGAGGCAGAGACCUCGGGCCUGCGCACAUACUCGGGCGAGCUGGUUCACAGCGUGAAUAAAGAUUAUGAGAAGGUUUUUGGCAGGAAGCUGAUUCUUUCUUUUACACCACCCGCAAAGUACACAGGUGAACUGAUUGGAGUGCAGUACCUGUUGAGGCAGAACAAUGAACCUCUACAGUGUAUGGCGCCAGACUCCGAGGAGGCAAAUACAUUGCUGGAGCAGUUGGAAGAGCCAGUAGAGACUGAUGAGGGCUUUGAAGAACUUGAACAUAUUGAGGCCGUGGAUGAACAGAGUUUGGCAGGAAUGGAUCGUGUUGAUGAGCUUGCGGAAUACUUGGUGGAGCUAAGAAAUGAAAAAGGCCUCACUCUUACCAAUCAGCAGGCCAGCACCAUUGUGGGUCUUUGGCAGAACUUGGAGCAACACGAUAAGGACCGGAUUUCUUACGCUGCUCGACAUCAGGAGAGACUGCUCACUGGUCGGUUUAGGUCUCCGAAAAAGAAGGCUAUGGAACCUCGCUUCAGGAGACGAGCUGAUGGCAGCCUGAAUCUGACUGAUACAAUGGAAGCGGCAAAGGUGAAGGAGGCCAACAAAGGAAAGCCGUACACAAGACCCCUGUCCCCUGACAUAGUGCUGGACAAGGCCAAGAAAAGCUUAAGUCAGCACCACGGAGAUCUAGCUAACAGAAAGCACCUGCUGGGUUUCUUUGAAAUCCAGUUUGGUGUAUUUCGAGGGCAAACAUUCAAGUGGGUGGCUGAAAAUGCCCUGGGGUAUGCAGCUUACUUGGUGGCAGCUAUGAAGAGGGACCCCACAGGAGGCAGCAAAGACUCCCAAGAACAUGCCCACAACAAAGAGAGUUUCAGGGAGUAUUUUGAGCUUUUUCCUUCUGGCAGAAUUGCCAUUGCCAUGAAGGAAGAGCAAUAUGCUGGGAAAGCUCUCCAGCACGCUGCCACCACCCAGCACGCUACCUCCACCCAGCAUGCUACCACCAGCCAGCACACUACCACCACCCAGCACGCUGCCACCACCCAGCACGCUACCACCACCACCCAGCACGCUACCAUCACCUCCCAGCACGCUACCACCACCCAGCACGCUGCCUCCACCCAGCACGCUACAACCACCACCCAGCACGCUGCCUCCACCCAGCAUGCUACCAUCACCACCCAGCACGCUACCAUCACCUCCCAGCACGCUGCCUCCACCCAGCACGCUGCCUCCACCCAGCACGCUACAACCACCACCCAGCACGCUGCCUCCACCCAUACUUCCACCGCCUCUCUCCGCUUCCUCUUGUUUAGGAAGUUGCCUAACCAGAAAAGCCUGACCAAGACCAUUGAAAGGCUGGUUUCCCCCGUCAAAUCCACACCUUCUUUGGCCCAGGCACGUACGCGGCCCUCAGCCACCCUCACUCGCCCGACUGUGUCCAUUGAGGCAGCCACAGGGACCUCAGCUAUCCUCACUCGCCCGACUGUGUCCAUUGAGGCAGCCACAGGGACCUCAGCUAUCCUCACUCGCCCGACUGUGUCCAUUGAGAUAGAUGACAGCACACUGCUGGCAGAGGCAACUAAGUUUGAGAUGGCACAUCUGGCAUCACAACGAGUCUGUCUUCCAUCUGGAUGGAUACACACUCUGCCUGAAGUGGAUCAGAGGUGGAUUUCCAAGGCCCUGUUCAGGUGGACAGCACAGGGCCAUCCUGAGCUGAUCUUUAGCAGGGUGGACAAACUUUGGUGGUAUCCUCCACAGGUUCCACUGAAGACCAGUAAUUGCCCUCCCUUAGAGAACUACUUUGGCCAUCCCCUGCUGCUCUGGAUGCCACGAAAACUGUGGCAAGUGAAGCUGACCUGUCCACAUCCAGACUGUCAGAAAGACCUUCUGACCUCAGCUGGCUUGCAUCAAAAGAUCAGGCAGGUGUUUGCCUUGGGUAAGAUAUACUUUGUGGCAUCUGAGUACCUGGCCUGCCGAAGAUGUAAGAGGAAGGUCAUCAGCUGGAGCCAUGAUAUCGUCUCCCAGCUCGACAUUGGCCACAGGGUGCAGUUCCCUUGCAUUCUUACAUCAAAACUUGCAUGUGACGUCGAGGUAGUAUGUUUGAUGCGUCAGCGAGGGCUGGGAAACAGCAGCAGCCAGAUCCAGCGCAAGCUGCAGGAACGUCAUACUGAGGUGUGGUUGCAAAAGACAGUCCAGUAUCUGACAGAUUGCAAGGGGAUUGCCAGUGCUGUCACUUCGAGCCUGAUCCUGCCUGUGACAUUUGAAUCUGCUCCUUCAAUGCCUUCUGUCCCUAAGCAUCGGUGGCUGAUGCAGGUGUACGCCCAGGAUGUCCUGCAAAGGCUGGAUGAGAUCAAGGCCACUAUCACAUCGCAAUAUGGUCGGAUCUUAAAAAUGGAUUCAACAAAAAAAGUGGCCAGAAAACUAGCUGGACACAGCUAUGGCACUGCUACCUGGGCAACCAAUGUUGGCAAUGAGCACGGACAGGUGAUCAUGUCCGUGCUCACAGCCAGUGAAGGUUUUGGUCUCGGGCCAAUGAUUGAAGGCCUCAUUAAAAGAUACAGAGUGGCUGGGGUGGCUCCUCCCGAGAUACUGUAUGUUGACCGAGACUGCUGUGGCAACACUCUUCUGAGAAGAAUGUUUGAAGAGUGGGAGCAAAUGAUCAUCCGUUUGGAUGUAUGGCACUUCAUGCGGAGGUUUGCUGUGGGUUGCACCACUGACUCUCAUCAGUUGUAUGCCACAUUUAUGAGUCGCCUCAGCCACUGUAUUUUCAUGUGGGACCAGGUUGACCUGACGGCCCUGAAGAAGGCAAAGCAUGCAGAGCUAGAAGCUAACUGGAAACCUACAUCCGAGGCUGAUGUGCUGCGCAGUAUCAGCCGUAACGAGCUAGCCCUACAUUGCAGGAGAACCACUCGCGGGACCAAGGACACCCUGGCGCUGAUUGAGAGCCAUAUUCAGGCCUUUGAUGGAGAUGCUGGUCGUGACACUAUGGGAGUCCCACUAAUAAACUCAGCCCGGAUGAGAGAGAUAUUGAAGUCCCAGCGGAAGCAUGUGGCCUGCAUCCAGGAUCCUGUAGGUGUGCAGCUCUACAUGCAGACGGGCACUGUAGUGAAGGGAGGGCACCGUCUGCCAACCUACCGCUGUGCCAGAGGUUCCACUUCGCUUGAGUCAUUUCACCUGCACCUUAACAGAUUCAUCCCAGGUACGCUGGCGAGUGACACCUUCUUCCAGGCGUAUCUUUUGGAUGGACUUGGAAGGUGGAAUGAGGACCGGGCUGUGGCAGCAACAACUGAUGAGCAGCAGCCCCAUUCCUACAAUCAUCUUCUGCGUCAUGCUGUCAAUACUCUUGCAGAGGAGGUUAUGGGCAAGAAAAUCAUCCCUUAUGUUGGGCCAAGAAAGUACACUGGUGAGCUUAUUGGAGUGGAAUACCUUUACCAGCAAACUGGUAAAGUUCUGCAGGACUACAAGUUGGCCAUUGAAGAGUCCGAGACCACUGAGGUUGGUAUAGAAGUGGAUGAAGGUUAUGCUGAACUUGAGGAGUUUCAGGACAUCACUGUCCCCACCUUUGACACAGAACGGACACCUGUUGCCUCUUCACAAGCAUCAGUGUCUGCAGCAUCAUCUCCAACCCCUCCUGUCACCAGCUCCAUUUCAUCAUUGUCUCUGGUUCCUCCAUCACCAGUGACAUCUCCUGUCACCAGCUCCAUUUCAUCAUUGUCUGUGGUUCCUCCAUCACCAGUGACAUCUGUCACCUGCUCCAUUUCAUCAUUGUCUGUGGUCCCUCCGUCUCCUGUCACCAGCCCACUGCACAGUCAUUCAAAGCCAGGACUCUUUCCUGGAGCACAUAGCUGUGAGUUUACCAAAGUAUCUAUAUAGAGUUAUUGUGACAACAAUUACCACCACCUCUAUGUAUAUAUGUCUUAUUGA